UCUCUCUCUCUCUCUCUCUCUCUCUCUCUCUCUUCAUAAGCAUUUAUAUAUUGUUUGGAGGUUCUGAUGCUGUGAAAGGAGAAGCAUCGAGCUUCUGAAGAACUCUUAUGGCUUUACAGAGUCUUUGCUCUGUUAUUCUGUGUAUUUACGCAAUCCUUGUACUCGUUUUCAACAAUCCGACUACGGUUACGGCUGGUGACAUAGUUCACGACGACGAUUCCGCUCCCAAGAAGCCUGGUUGUGAGAACAAUUUCGUACUGGUGAAAGUUCAAACCUGGGUUGAUGGCAUAGAGGACGCUGAGUUUGUUGGCGUUGGUGCUAGAUUUGGCACUACCAUUGUGUCAAAAGAGAAAAAUGCAAACCAAACUCACCUGACUCUUUCAGACCCUCGGGAUUGCUGUAGUCCACCAAAGAACAAGCUUGCUGGAGAUAUCAUCAUGGUAGACCGAGGUCACUGCAAAUUCACGACCAAGGCAAAUGUUGCACAAGCUGCAGGUGCUUCGGCAGUCCUCAUUGUAAAUAACCAGAAAGAACUCUACAAGAUGGUUUGUGAUCCAGAUGAGACUAAUCUAGACAUACAUAUACCUGCUAUCAUGCUCCCACAAGAUGCUGGCACAAGUUUGGAAAAAAUGUUACUGAACAGUUCGUCAGUGUCUGUGCAGUUGUACUCUCCACGACGACCAGUAGUUGACAUAGCAGAAGUAUUUCUGUGGCUGAUGGCGGUUGGUACUAUCGUCUGUGCCUCUUAUUGGUCAGCAUGGAGUGCUAGAGAAGCAGCUAUAGAACAGGACAAACUAUUAAAGGAUGCUUGUGAAGAAGUUCCAGCCACCAAAGCUAUUAGUGGGAGCAGUGUGGUGGACAUCAACACAAUAUCAGCAGUCUUAUUUGUUGUCAUCGCAUCAUGCUUCUUGAUUCUAAUUUACAAACUAAUGUCAUUGUGGUUCGUUAAGCUUUUGGUGGUUCUUUUCUGCAUGGGUGGUGUAGAGGGUCUGCAAACUUGCAUUGUUGCCUUACUUUCGAGGUGGUUCAAACCUGCUGCAGGAGCAUUCAUUAAAGUACCUUUCUUUGGAGCGCUCUCAUAUCUUACUUUGGCUGUUUCUCCAUUCUGCAUGGCUUUCGCCAUUGUUUGGGCAGUGUAUCGAGACCGGUCCUUUGCUUGGAUAGGUCAAGAUGUACUUGGAAUUGCGCUCAUAAUUACAGUUUUACAGAUUGUACAUGUACCAAACCUUAAGGUGGGUACUGUACUCCUAAGUUGUGCCUUCUUGUACGACAUAUUUUGGGUAUUUGUGUCUAAGAAGUUGUUCGAAGAAAGUGUGAUGAUUGUGGUAGCACAAGGUGACAGAAGUGGAGAGGAUGGUAUUCCAAUGCUACUAAAAAUCCCACGCAUGUUUGAUCCAUGGGGUGGUUACAGCAUAAUAGGCUUUGGUGACAUCCUUUUACCAGGACUGGUAAUAGCGUUUUCGCUUAGGUAUGAUUGGUUGGCAAAGAAGAAUCUUCGAACUGGAUACUUCAUGUGGGCUAUGUUUGCUUAUGGUUUAGGUCUUCUCAUUACUUACAUGGCACUAAAUUUGAUGGAUGGCCAUGGCCAACCGGCACUGCUUUAUAUCGUUCCAUUCACACUUGGGACCUUUUUGACAUUGGGGAGGAAGAGAGGUGACCUAACAAUUCUUUGGACAAGAGGAGAACCAGAAAGGGCCUGCCCACAUAUCAAACUCGAAAGCCCUUUAGAAUCAAACCCAGAUAAGUAAGUCGUUCCUCUUGUAAAUCAAUCGAAGCAGAAGCGCUAUACGUAAUGGAUCAUCAUCACUCUUAUGGUAAAAAGUCCAGCUUAUCAAACAUUGGCUAAACUAGCAAUUGCCAGAAAGUUUAAUGUGCUCUCUAAUUAACCCAGGAUUACACUGGCAGUGUGCAUGACAGUGUAUGAUUGAUGCAAGAUUUGGCUCCAUGAUAAAAUGCAUUAUGUUUUCUGUUUUCUGUUGCUUCACUUUUGGUUAUCAUCAUCAAACUCCUUCUAUUUUUGGCAGUUUUGUUCCUCUCCCCCGGACCGGUAGGCUUGGGGGCUGAUAAGU